AUGGAAGACGUUAGUGACAUAAGGGAGGCCAUUUCCGAUUUGAGCAUUAACGUUCCCGGUGCGACUCCUCAAGACGACGUCGAUCAGAACUUCAUGGCACCGCCCUGGAAAGACAUUACCAGCUUUCUCGAUGAAGCAACCAAUGAUUUCCAAGUGGGUCAACUGAUGCACCUCAGAUCGUUUACCUUGUUCGACGCCAUGAGUGCGAUUGAAGUGAUGGAUCCGAAAAUGGACACGGGUAUGGCGAUCGGCGACUCGACUCCCUUUGAUAUCAAGCAACCUCUCGAUGCCAGGCAGAUUUUGUGGAUUAUGGAUCGUUUAUUGAGCUGUGAAAUGGGGUGGUUGUCUGGUCAUUCCCUCGCUCAAACGGUGUACACUUGUAUCUAUUUUCAUCACAUCCACGCCCUCGCUUCAGAAGAAAGUUGGCCAGAUGCAUUGCGUACGGCUUUGAAGGCUUAUUUAUUUGGUGCUAUUAAAUGCUGCUAUUACAUUUGGAUCGAGAUGACAGCAUGUAACGUGUAUGAGGAAGAAGAUUUCACCACCAAUUUGUUUGGUCUAUCACUCUACGAGCAAUACACGGAUUCUUAUGUCAUGAACCUAUUGGAUGUAGCCAUCAUGCAGCUACGCAACAACGUUGACAACAAUCCUAUUACAAACUCCCUCGUGAAUCGCUUGGUCAUGCGUCGAUCCUACUUUUUGGCAUUGACUUAUCUCGCACAACCACGUUGUCAAGGUCUUUCUCCCGCACACGCUGAAUUGGAUAAGGUGCUUUCGUUACUCAAAGCCACGGAUGAUGAGGCUGUAUCAAUGACGAUCGGAAAAGGAGAACCAGUGGAAGGAGCUUUUGAUCCAAAUAUCAAUAGAAAGUUGACCUCACAAGCACCUCCACGUCCAAUCACCCUCCAAACUGAAGAAGAGGCAUACAAAUCAUAUAGAGAGCUUAUUGAACGGCUUCAACUUGUCUGCAGUGUGACCAAUUAUCCAUCCGUGCGAUCAUUAUUGACGUUCUUUGAAAUGUUUGGAGCCACUCGACCCUAUGCAGACGCUUUCUCAAGAUCAAAACUCAAUUCCCUUUUGUAUCACGAUAACAGAGUAUUUGGACUUGAACCACCAGUGCGAUGGAUAUGUAAGGCUAUUGACGAGAUAUCAAAACCACCCGAUUGGAUCCUGCGUCCCGAUUCUCGGUCACCACCCAAAGGGGUCGAUGAACAAGCGCUAUCAGAAGCUCGUACGAUGCUAGGUGGGUUCUUGGAUGGGGCAGCAUUGCCAUUUGUCGAUCUUUUCAAAAUACAAUGCCACAAUCGUUCUCGACAACGCCGUAUUCUGAGCAAGCUUUUACCAGAGUGGGAGAUGCUACAAGAAGAGGCGACUGUUGUGGAUAACAUGAUUCACAAAGCUGUGCCAUUUCGGGAGGCACCCUAUUAUUUCUCCAAAUGGGUAUACCAUGUCAAAGUUGGUAUGCUGGAAAAGAUUCUUUUACUUGGAUUCGAGUUGGAACUUUAUGGCUCCCAUGAAUAUGCGAUUAUAUAUAUCUACCUACAACAUCUGAAUAUCACCCAGCACGCGCUAUUGAACUCACUGGAUGUUGAAAUAAUACGUCAGCUAGAUAGCGACAAAGGAAAAAAGAUGGAUGAUGAGCUUCGACGUAGUAUGCAUGCACAACAGUAUAUCAAUUAUCGACGCAUCUUCAACCGAUUGUACCAGAACCUAAGCAGUGGGACAUACAAAUUGCUCAUGUUCUUGCAGAAAAAGACACAGCAGCUGGAGGUGCUAUCACCACGAUUUGACGAUCCUGAAACAAGAUACAACCACCGCUUCAAGUCGUUUAUGAAACUAUCGUCACCCCAACCAUUGUCCUAUGACGCUGUAAAGGACGCUUUGGACGUGCAUGCGAUUGAUAAAUCGGUGCUUAUCAAUGGUGCUUACCAAGAUUUUACUUUGGCCAAGAGUAUUCUGGGAAAGGUGACCAGCGAUUUAUUAGAGACCAGCUCGACUGAAAUGUGCCGAGAUGCUUAUUUAAAGGAUAUCAAUGCUAUGAUGCGUACAUGCGUUGCCAAUCUGAUUAUUAUUACACAGUUAUCGGAUGACAAGAAUCUAGAAAAGAAGGCGUGUAUCAAUUUUAAAUACCAUCCAUGGUGGCCUGUAUUCGAGCUUACCACUUGA